AUAUAUAUAUAUAAUUCAAUCUUAAAACUAAGGUGUUGAGCUUAGAGUAUCUCAGAGAUUAUUAACCAUGGCUUUCCAAAAACAUCAGCUUCAUUUCCUUCUUCUUCCUAUCAUGUCUCAUAGCCAUCUUAUCCCCUUCACAGAGAUGGCCAAGCUACUUGCUCAUCGUGGCCUAACUGUUACCAUUAUCAUCACACCCCUUAAUGCAGUGAGAUACAGUAAAAUCAUCCAAUAUGCCAAAAAUUUUAACCUCAAAAUCCAAUUUGUUUCUUUCCCAUUUCCUAGCCAAGAAGCUGGUCUCCCUGAAGGAUGUGAAAAUAGAGAUUCAGUCCCUUCUCCAGAUUUGAUACCAAAUUUUGUUAAAGCAAGUAAUAUGCUACAAGAGCCAUUAGAAAAAUGGCUCCAAGGGCUAGAAUCUCAGCCUAGUUGCAUCAUUUCAGAUAUAUGUUUCCCAUGGACUAGUGAUGUUUCCCUUAGGUUCAACAUUCCAAGAAUUGUCUUCCAUGGAAUUUCUUGCUUCACUCUCUUUUGUUCUCACAUCCUUUCUCACUACAAGGUCCUUGACAGUGUCACCUCUGAUUCAGAGCCUUUUUCAGUUCCUGACAUCCCUGAUAGGAUUGAAUUCACUAAAGCACAGUUACCAGAAGCAAGAAAAGAUUUGAAAGCUGCGAUCGAACGGUAUAAGGAGGCUGAGCUCUCAGCAGAAGGGGUGGUGGUGAACAGUUUUGAAGAGUUAGAGCCAGCUUAUGUGGAAGGAUACAGAAAAGUAGUGAAGAAGAUAUGGUGUAUUGGUCCUCUUUCUCUGUAUAACACCAAUGAGAUCUCAAGUUGUGAGCAUGAGUCCCUCAAAUGGCUUGAUUCUAAGAAGCAAAGUUCUGUUUUAUACGUUUGCUUUGGCAGCCUCUGUCACUUUUUACCUCAACAGCUGAUAGAGCUUGGUAUGGGCCUGAAAGCGUCAAACCAUCCGUUCGUUUGGGUUGUAAAGGAAGGAGAUUAUUCAACAGAGUUUGAAAAAUGGCUAGUGGAGGAUCAAUUUGAAGAAAAGCUUGAAGGAAGAGGUCUUGUGGUUCGCGGAUGGGCACCACAGGUCCUGAUAUUAUCUCAUCCAGCAAUUGGUGGGUUCAUGACUCAUUGUGGCUGGAACUCAACAUUAGAAGGGAUUUCUGCAGGUGUACCAAUGAUAACUUGGCCUAUGUUUGCUGAGCAAUUCCAUAAUGAGAAGGAAAUAGCGCAAGUGUUGAAGAUUGGUGUAAGAGUUGGAGCUGAGGUAAUUAUGAAAUGGGGAGAGGAAAAGAAGCUUGGUGUGUUGGUGAAGAGAGAGAACAUAAAGAAGGCUAUAAAGCAGUUGAUGGAUGAAGGAGAGGAAGGUGAAGAUAGGAGAGAAAGAGCUACACAAAUUGGAAAGAUGGCCAAGAGUGCGUUUGAAGAGGGGGGUUCUUCUCACUUGAAUAUGACACUAUUGAUCCAACAUGUGAUGCAACUAGUGAGUAGGGAUGAUGGAGAAAAUUAAGUUACUUCAAAAUUGGAAUUUUCUAAUCAACCAACAAAAACAUAGAAAUAACAUGUGAGAUUAGAAAGUUUAAUUAUGGAAUGAGUGAAAUCUGCCAUCAAUAAAUGUACCCUUACGAAAUAUUAUCAAACAUAUGUAUAUUUAUGUUAAUUCAUCUAAAAUUUGCAUAAGAGUUGAACUAAUUUGUUUUUUGGUAUAAAUAUAAAUAAAAUAAUUUUUUUAAUUUAAAUAAAAUAAAGGAGAUAAAACAAAACAAAAGAAAAGAUUAAAAAAAUUAUAUUGUAUCCCUAGCAUGAGAGGCAGAAUAAAAAAAUUGAAAAAUUUCAUCUA